AUGGCCGUGCGAAGCACAACCACAGCCGCGAUGGCAUCCGCAGGCAUCAGAAUCAUUUCCUAUCUCUUUCUCAGAUGGGCUGCUUUACCUCCUCUUCUCCCCGUGAUAUACGCACUCUUUGCUAUCUACGUGCCCGCCUUCAUCUCAAGCUACUUGAACGAAUCGAAAUACGCACUCCUUGACGAAGUCGACGUAACAGUUAAAGAGGACAUCUUGAACGAGGACGAACUCGCCAAUAGAGAUACAGAUGAAGCUGUCCUCGCCGAGGAGGUUGAGGUUGAAGAGACGGUGUCUGUGGUAGAGAAGCCUCUGCGUCCCUUGACCACGCUGCUUAAGGGAACUCCGAAUCCGAGGAGCCUUCUUCUUUCCGCUCUGAAUUUCCUCAUAAACGCCGCGUGCGUCGCCAUGAUCACCGACUUCGUCUACGCGCCGCGAUGGUACUAUCCCAGUGAUGACCUGUCCUUUUCUCGGGUUGGGUACGUCUCUGACGCCGAAGCAAAGUUGCUGAUCCGGGAACCGGAUCAGUCCAAGAUGCCCAUUACGGUUCAAAUUCACAUCAAAGAUGCCCAGGCGCCCUUCGACAACCCACUGUGGCAGACAGCUGGUGGUGUCAGAUGGACUACCGAGGAUUAUGAUUAUACUGCAGUCGUCACUAUCCCAUUGGGCCACUCCAGACAGCGAGUAUACGAAUGGACAACCUCCAACAACCACUCCGGCGAAUUCGCAGCUGCGCCGAAGCCAGGUGCGAUGCCCGAACUUACGGACGGCAAGUUCACCUUUGUUACCACAUCGUGCCUCGUGCCGCGCCUGCCAUACAAUCCAUUGGACCAUCCCCUGUCUUUCCCUGGCAUGAAGCACCUAGCAAAGGUUCUCCCAAGUCUUGGCGCGCAAUUCAUGUUGUUCCUUGGUGACUUCAUCUAUGUCGACGUUCCCAUACAGUUCGGUCAGUCAACCGAGGACUACAGACAAAAGUAUCGCCAAGUAUACGCCUCGCCUGACUGGCCUGCCGUUGGUCAGAAUCUCAGCUGGAUUCAUGUUCUUGAUGACCAUGAAAUCCAAAACGAUUGGGACAAGAACUCGACCGGAGUCUACAAAACAGCUGUGGGCCCCUGGCAUCACUACCAGACCGCUGCCAACCCUCCGGAAGCUAAGAAAGCCGGAGUGGCAAGCCUUCUGCCUCGGACUGGGGUUACGUAUUUCUCGUUUACUCAAGGUCCUGCAAGUUUCUUCAUGCUCGACACCCGCUCAUACCGCACGCAAAAUUCGGAGCCGUUUGACAGCGCGAACAAGACAAUGCUCGGAGAGGAGCAGCUCGAGGACUUUCUUGAGUGGCUGCGCCGCCCGGAGCCGUUGGGGGUGAAGUGGAAGAUAGUCGCAAGCUCCGUCCCAUUCACGAAGAACUGGAGGGUGAAUACGCGAGAUACGUGGGGCGGCUUUCUUGUCGAGCGUCGAAAGAUCCUCGAGGCCAUGUGGGAUGUUGGCUAUUCCGGCGUCGGUGUUGUGGUUCUGUCGGGUGACCGCCAUGAAUUCGGCGCCACAGCUUUCCCGCCACCAAAAGACAGCGAUUGGCCAGAGAGUGUUACGGUUCAUGAGUUCUCAGCCAGCCCACUGAACCAGUUUUACUCGCCGAUACCCACGUACAAGCAGACAGAUGACGAAGAUGUUCAGCUAAAGUACAUACAUACUGGCAACUCCAAGUUUGGAGCUAUCACUAUCGAGAAGCUGGCAGAUGGCGAGCAGAGCACUCUCAGAUAUACCGUGUUUGUUGACGGAGUAGAGACUUGGAACACGGUGGUACUGUCACCACCCGCCAUACAUCCUGCCAGGGUUGGAGGCUCGCUCUGGAAUAGGCGUCGCGGGUUUUGA